AGGAGGAUGGGGUGUAGGGGCAGAUACAAGAUACGGAGUUACCAAGGCGGAAGUGAGUGCACGUGGAGGACUGCAUUGCUUCGGAGCAGCAGCCUUUUUCUGCCCACUGGUCCGUGCCAUUAUCACACUUGAUUAGACUUUCCUCCUGGGAUCCUGCUGUUCUCUUUGUGUUCAUUGCGAAGCCAUCUCCCGGAUGCCUUUCACCGGUGGUUCAAAUCUGGCUGAGUACGGUCCUUGUCCAUAUCACUUGUAUCUUUGGGUUUGGGUUUUUUGUCGGUUUUAUUUGGUUUUUCUCCAUAGAACAACCCCUUGGUUCCUCCCAUCAGGUUCUUCAGAGGGACUUGUGUCUUCACAGGUUUUAUUUUUCAAGGUUACUAGCAGAGACAGCCAAGACAGGGGAGCAGCAGAGUCGUCUUCAUGCCGCGGGUACAUAGGGAAUCUCUGUGGACCUGUCACUGGGCGAGUCGGGGCAUCUAGUGGAUUUUGUGUUUAUAGCUUGGCCACCAUCCCUGCAGGUGUAUCUCGAAGCCAAGUAGCCGCCCACCAUCAUCUCAUCGUGGUGGCCGAGGCAGGAGGAUCCUGAGUUCACGUCCAGCCUGGGUUACAUACAGAACUACACAGACAGUUCCUUCAGACAGCCAGACUUCCCUCCGGGUGGUUCCUGCGGACAGCCUGCUUCCUCCAGCCCCUGCAGCAGCAUCGCUUCCAGCCCUCUUGCUGUCCUUGCCUUGAGGCUGUAGGGCCAUGGCGGAGAGAGUGCUGGUACCCACCCAGAUAGGCCGGGGGGACCGCUACUACACAUACACGGAGCUGUUGGCUAUCUCACGGCGUUUCAAGCAGAACCCCAACGAGCUCAUGGUCACCUGGAUCCUGCGGGUGUAUGACCAGGGAGGCCCGGCCCUGUCCCUGAAUUCCGGGGAGCUGGGGCUGCUGGGUGACCUCACCCACGAUGCCAUCUUUAACUACCGCUGCAAGGCCCUGCGGGGGGGUGGCUGCCAGACACUGCUGAGCUGGCUGCUGCAGGCCUGGCGCCAGCGCUGGGAAUCCUCCCUGCAUUUUGAGGCCACGCAGCUGCCCUUCAGGCCUUGGACCACCAUGGAGGAAGGUAUCCAACUGGUUCGUGAGCUGGGUAUGAUCGAGUGGAUCUACCUUGACCCAGAGGGGCCUGUGGACCUGGCCCCAGAGGAUGUGGCCUUCACUCAGGGCCUGCAGCGGCGCCUGCUCACAGCAGCACCCUCCGAGCUGCGGCUCUCGCUGGUCAGCCUGCUGGUGCGCGGCAUGACAGUACUAGAGGCUGUGAUGGAGAUCCAGACCAUUGCUGACGUGGGUCUGCUCUGGCGCCAGAGCCAGCCAGGCCGCACCAAGCUCAUGCUGGGGCCCAACCCAACUCGAAAGGACCUCCUGGGCUGGCUGCUCAGCCACGGCGUGCCCCGGGAGCAAGUAGACAGGCAGCCCACCAAGGUGCUCCUGGAACUGUACAUCAAAGAAGCCAAGCGCAGUCGUGGCCAGCCCAGCUAUGGGCUGGCUGAGGAGCAGCCCCCCCCUCCCCCCUACUCCGACCAGGCCUGUGGGGAAGAGCCCCCUGUGCGGCACGACUAGACCUGGACUGGCUUUGAGAGCACACUCGUACCCCGGGGUUGAAGGUGGGGAGGUGAAUUGCACAGAGGCUGCCUGCAACCUAGGCCACUAGGAAAGAGCUUGGCAAGCCCCUUUCCCACAUUUGUGUCCCUCCAGCAUUUAGUGCCAAGUUCAGUGGACCCCCCCAAAGAGAGGUGUGCAUGUCCCCGGCCACGCAGUCCAUGUGGGAAGUGAGCCACAGGUGGCCGGCCAUUUGCUGUGAGUCUAGGGUGCUUGUGGCCCUGGAGUUAAACCCCUUGAGUUGGAGCGUAAGGCCAUGCUGAGGUGGGUGGCCACAUCAGGGUCCCCGCCCCUCUGCCUCCACCUGGGCCCCAAAGCACUACAUACAGGCCAUCUUGAAUUUUUUACUUUUUCAAUGCAACACUUAACAUAGUAUUUUAGGUGUAGGCCACACUUCAUGUACUUUUACUGGGGGUUGACACUUUAGGGCCAGGCUCCCUAUUUUAAAGGCUUAACAUUGUAAACUUUUCUAAUGCAGCAUUUUUACUUUAUAUUUUAUUUUGAGCUUAUGUGACACUUUGGUUUUGGGGAGAGGAGAGCCCCCUUUUGUAAGGACUUUGCUCUGGGAACCCUGUCCCUGUUUUCUUUUGGCCAUGUCCUUCCCUUUUGAAGCACCUUCCAGCUGGGUCUGGUGUCCCUGGCUGCACACAUGUCCCCUGGCCAAUGUAGAUCUGGAUUUAGUGGAGGGGCGAGGCGGGCAGCCCUGCAGCUUCUGCCUCCUCCGUGGGUUCCUAUUAAAUGGCUGGUUCAUCGCC